CUUUCGACAAGGUCAGCACCAGAGGCCGUGGCGACGGUCGAGAGAAUUCUCCGAAAUUAUUUGAUCCAUCUGUCGCUCUUUAUAGAAAGAGAGGGCUAAAAUCCAACCCCCCCCCUUUUGGUACCAAGUUCAAUUUACAACGACCAAAAGAGAAAAAGAGAUAACCAAACGUCAAGCAAAUGGGCAAGAAAUCCUCUCGGCCACCGGCCUCGAAAGUCUCCUCUGCCGCAUCUCCGGCCGUCUCUGGUCUCACAUAUACGGGAAACAAGUCGUCCGUGCUACGGGCGUCGUUUGCGCCGUUCGAGUUUCAAUUGGCACUUUUUGCGUCGGUCAUCCAGGGUCUUGGUGCGCAGCAGCUUCGUAUUCAUGACACCAAUACCGGGCGGCUGGUGUGCGAGCAUGAGUUGGGACCCAGAGAGAUUGUGACGUCGUUAGAUUGGGGGUAUUAUUCUGUCAGUGGAGGCAAGCAAAAAGAGAAACAGUCGAAGAGAAAGCGAAAGCGCCAUUCCGAUGUCAAUGGUUUUGAUCAGGGAGAUGUCGUGGUCGCGUUUGGGACGAACACCUCAGAUAUUCGGAUGUAUUCUCCCACGGAGGAUAAGAUCGUUGGCACACUUUCGGGCGCUCAUGAAAACGGUGUAAAGGAUUUCAAGUUCACUUCUCAGAGGCCUGGUGAAGAGGGCUGGAGUAUUGGAGGCGAUAACAGGCUCGUACAAUGGGAUCUGCGAACUGGACAGAGCUUAAGAACUAUCAAUCUACCUGCUACCUCAACAUUCACGACGCUCUCCCGCCCUCUACCUUCAAACCCGCCUGUUAUUUGCGCUUCGCAAACACCCUAUAUAAUCGAUGUCGACGAAACCGGUGAAUCGCCCCUGUCAUUCCCUGCCAUGCGCAAUCCAAUCCACACUAUUAUUUCAUCAUCCACGAGCUCCGCCACGGAGGGAGUGUUCCUUGUCUCUGACAAUGAGCGCUACAUCAAUGCCUUCGACCCUCAGACGCAGAAACUUGUCAUGAACUUGGUUGUGGAGAAAGAAGUAUCCGCAUUGUCACUAUAUUCAGGCCUGACAAAACCAAGAGGUGGACAAACCCUGCCUUUGGAGAAGCAGGUUCUUGCUGUUGUGACCGAUGACGGCACGGUAGAGCUCUUCACCAAGCCGUUUUCCUACUCGAAGGACUCACAAGCUUCGAAGACUGUCAGCUUGAAGGCAAGAGGGAGGCAAAUGACCAGGAGGGCUGAUGCGUCAGUCAAGGUUCUCCGAUCCGAAAAUUCAGAGGCACUGGUGCCUGUGGUAACUGCUGCGUUCGAGGGCUCUGAAUUGGUCAUCGCAUGGGCUGAUGGAGGUGUCAUCCCGGUAUUCGAACGGAUUAAAUGGCUCGACGACAACACUGAGGAACUUUCCUUUACCGGAACGAAAAAUGUAAUAAGGACCAAAUCGGGCUCAGCGCUUGGCUCGGUAACUGUCAACGGGACGAAGAGCGCCGAAGAAAGCCACGUCAACGAAUCUAGGGCUGUAGUAGAACAGGGCAAUCUUGCAGAAGAGGACAUCGAGAUGCAAGAUUCAAGACAGGCCGCUGCCUCGCUAGCCGACAGUGAAGAUGACUCGGAUGAAGAUCGUGAAGCCGAUAAGCCGAAUGAGAAGGCCGGUGGAUCCCGAAAACAGGAAGACGCCGACAGCGACGUGGAGAUGCAAAAUGCAGCGGAUGAAAAGGAAGAGGAUGGAGAUGAAACGGGAGAGCCCUCAUUCGGCGAACUUCUUCGGGCUCAUGCAUCGGAAGAAAUCGACGUCGAAGCCGGACUGGAAGAUGAAGUCCGCAUUGGACCGCUUGCGCCAGGAAAAUCGAAUACAGCAGUCCACCAGAUCCCUUCUGGGGUUUCACUUGCCACAGUUCUCACGCAGUCCCUCAAGACCAACGACAACGCGAUGCUUGAGUCUUGCUUCCACACCGGCGAUCUUUCCAUUAUCCGGACAACAAUCCAACGUCUCGACUCAUCUCUUGCAGCGACACUACUCCAGAAGCUCGCUGAACGUCUUUCCUCUCGCCCAGGCCGUUACGGACAUCUCCUUAUCUGGGUACAAUGGACAUGUGUGGCACAUGGAGGCGCACUGGCCGGGAAGCCAGAUCUCCUGAAACGUAUGACCACCCUCUUCAAAGUCAUGGACCAGCGCUCAUCGAGCCUGCCAUCCCUUCUUCUACUCAAGGGCAAACUCGACAUGCUCGACGCCCAAUUGGGACUCAGGCAGUCCAUCCGCAGCGGCGCGGAGGGUGCAGACAGCGAAGACGAAGAACAUGUAAUCUAUGUAGAAGGGGAAGAUGAUGAAGAGGACGUCGAGGACGAGGAUAGCGAGGCAGACGCGAACCCCAACCGCAAGACAUCCGUUACACCAAUCACUCCACGGACCAAGACGAUACGCAACCAGGCAACGGACGAAGACGAAUCAAUGAUGAACGGCAUCGGCGACGACUCCGACAACGACGAAGAGGAAGAGGAAGAUGAUGAUGAGGCUGAAGACAGCGAGGACGAAAAUGAUGUUACCCUCCUUGACACCGAGGCCGAAGAAUCGGUCGGCUCGUCUGACGCCGAAGAAUCCCUGGAAGAGAAUGAGGAUGAUGAGGAUGACGAGGACGAAGAUAGUGCCGGUUCUAUGGUGGACUUUAUCGCCGAUACCGAAGAUGAAAGCCAGUCUGAAGACGAGGAACGGUCUGCGCCUCCAUCUAAGAAGGUAAAGGUACAUGGUAACAAUGGCACAAGGGGGAAAUCAAGGAGGUAGACGUGCAUAUCUGGAAAACUUCUCUUUUAAAACUGUAUUCUUUUGGGUGGGGGGGAGGGUGAUUGCCUGAAUCUCAUUUCUGAAUGAGAGCAAAAUGUUUCCUUUUUUUGUUUAUUCCGUAGGGAGAAUGGGGAAUAAAUAUAUUGUUGUUUUCCUACUGUCUUAAUCUGCUAGCGUACGUAUACUGGGAUGAGGUGCAUUUCUCAUAUUGGCAUCCAUCGAUGUUUUCUCUACUAUUGGAAUCAAAUCAAAGAAGCUUGGCAUAUGGACAACCUCAGUGAAAACUUUUCAAUUAUUGAUAACCAUUUGUGGAUAUAUAU